CGCUGCGCGGCUCCCAGGCCGCGGGCCUGGCGGCCCCGGGCGGCGCGGCCGCGGCCAACGGGCCCCUGGGCGCGGGCGCGGGCGGCGCCGCCCCCGGAGGCUACUUGGAGACUCCGUUUAAUUUUGGCAUAAAUCACAGAAGCCCACCUUACCCCGCCGGAGAUUACUGUCUUCUGUGCAGAAGCGAGCGGAAAGACUCUGCAUUCUUAGAGAGUGGAGUCAAGACCGCCAGCAAGUUGGCGCUUUCCAUGGUGCCCAAGGGCAACAGCGUGCUGCACCUGCCGCUGUGGGUGUGCCCCGACUGCCGGCGCACCGUGGAGAAGGAGGAGAGGCCAGGCCUGGACCAGCCACAGCGCCAGCCGCAGGGCCAGGAUUUUCUUCACUCCCCGCUGGGUGGGUCACAGCCAGAGGCUGGCGGCGGGAGACUGGCACUGGGCAGUCAGACGAUGCCCACAGCAGGACUGGGCACCCCUGCAGAUGCAUCGUGUGCCUGUGAGGCCUGCAGCGAACGCAGAGAGGCGUCGGCCGAGCCAGAGCGGGAGCCCCAGCAGCUGCAGAAGUGCUGGUCGGAAGUGCGCUACAUGGUCCGCUGCGUCUACCGCCGGGCAGGAACCCCGCUGGCCGAUGACCACGACCAGUCUCUGGUACCGGACAAGGAGGGGCUGAAGGAGCUCGUGGAUAGACUCUGCGAGCGCGACCCCUACCAGUUGUACCAGCGCUUGGAACAGCAGGCCCGAGAGUACGUACUAGAGAUGAAGGUCCGUCUCCUCCGGCAGCUGUCAGCUGCCUCUAAGGUUAAGGCACCGUCGGGGCUACAGGGCCCGCCUCAAGCACACCAGUUCAUCUCCCUGCUCCUGGAGGAGUACAGCGCCCUGUGCCAGGCAGCACGCACCAUUGGCACCUUCCUUGGCACGCUGGAAAAUGAACACUUGAAGAAGUUCCAGGUGACGUGGGAACUGCACAAUAAACAUCUGUUUGAAGAUCUGGUCUUUUCAGAGCCUCUUCUCCAGAGCAACUUGCCAGCACUAGUGUCACAGAUCAGGCUGGGCACCACGACCCACGACAACGGCAGUGAGGACACCUACAGCAGCCUGCUGCAGCGUUACCAGAGCUCCGAGGAGGAGCUGCGCAGGGUCGCCGCCGAGUGGCUGCAGUGCCAGGAGAGGAUCGAUGCCUACGUGGACGAGCAGAUGACGAUGAAAAGCAAGCAGCGUGUGCUCACAGAGGACUGGGAGCUUCUCAGGCAGAGACGCUUCAUCGAGGAGCAGCUAACUAAUAAGAAGGCGUUGACGGGGGAGAACAGCUUCACGGAUGCCAUGCGGAACAUGUUGUCUUCCCGGCUGAACAUGCCCGACUGUCCCAACUGCAGCUACCGGAGAAGGUGUGCCUGCGAUGACUGCAGCCUCUCACACAUCCUCACCUGCGGCAUCAUGGACCCCCCGGGCACUGGCGACAUCCAUAUCCACCAGCUCCCGCUUCAGGUGGACUCUGCUUCCGACUGUCUGUCUGAGAUGCGACCCCCGAGUGUGUCCUCAGCGAGCUCAGGGUCGGGCUCCAGCUCUCCCCUCACCAUGCAGCAGCACCCCAGGCUUAUCCUCACGGACACGAGCUCCGCACCCGCUUUUUGUAGUCAUGAAGAAGAUAUCGCACCCUUGUCAGCUAAAUUUGCUGACAUUUAUCCGUUGAGUAACUACGAUGAUGCUGAGGUGGUGGCCAACAUGAAUGGAACCCACAGCGAACUGAAUGGCGGCGGGGAGAACCUGGCUCUGAAAGAGGAGUCCCCUCAGGUCAGCAGUACCAGUAGUAGUUCUUCUGAAGCUGGCGAUGAAGAAGUGGAUGGUGAGAGUAGUGGGGAGCCGCCAGGAGCCCCGAAGGAAGACAUCAGUCUAGGGAACGGGAGCCCCAGGAAUGAGGAGAACCAAGUCGACAGCCCGCCACCGGCAUACCCGACCCAGCAGGUGGAACAAGCUCCCAACCCUUGUGAGUGUUAUGUGUGUAAACAAGAAGCUUCGGGACUGACCGCCGCGGCCGUUACGGCCGGAGCCCUGCCCCCUGGCCACCAGUUCCUGAGUCCAGAGAAGCCCACACACCCCGCGCUGCAUCUGUACCCCCACAUCCACGGACAUGUGCCCUUGCACGCCGUGCCGCACCUACCACGCCCGCUCCUCCACCCUACUCUGUACACAGCGUCCCCCUUCACGCACAGCAAGGCUUUACCGCCAGCACCUGCUCAGAGUCACACAAAUAAGCAUCAGGUAUUCAGUGCAUCUCUUCAAGACCAUAUUUAUCCAAGCUGUUUUGGGAAUACUCCAGAGUGGAAUAGUUCUAAAUUUAUAAGUCUUUGGGGAUCAGAAGUGAUGAAUGAUAAGAACUGGAGUUCUGGCACUUUCCUGCCAGAUACAAUUUCUGGGACUGACCUCCUGGGGCCAGUGCUCUCCGGGGCCCGAGCAGACACCCUGCCCCAGCCGGCCGCCAGCGAAGUAGCUCCAGCCACGGACAGUACAGAGAAGAAGAACACGGCAAAAAAGAAGUGUCUGUAUGAUUUCCAGGAUGCUUUUAUGGAAGCCAACAAAGUGGUCAUGGCCACCUCUUCGGCCACCUCCUCUGUGUCCUGCACUGCCACCACAGUGCAGUCCAGCAACAGUCAGUUCAAGGUGUCGUCCAAGAGGCCGCCUGCCGUAGGGGAUGUCUUCCAUGGCCUGAGCAAGGAAGACCACAGACUCGCCGUGCCUGUUGCUCCGAGGAGCAGCCCCACCGGCCUGGCCCCGCUGCCCACUCUCGCGCCCACUGCCCUCGCUCCAGCCUCUCCGUCUCACCUGGCCGGCCUCACGGCACCUUCCUUCCCCAAAGCGGCGACCACAGCUCCAGGCUUUGUGGAACCACGCAAAAGCUUCUGCCCCACUCCUGUGGCCCCCCCACCCCCCACCACAGACAGCUCCGUGAGCGCGCCGCCCAGCGUCUGCAGCGACCCCGACUGUGAAGGACACCGAUGUGAGAAUGGCGUCUAUGACCCACAGCAGGACGAUGGGGACGAGAGCGCCGACGAGGACAGCUGCUCUGAGCACAGCUCCAGCACCUCUACCUCCACCACCCAGAAGGAGGGCAAGUACUGCGACUGCUGCUACUGCGAGUUCUUCGGGCACGGCGGGCCUCCAGCGGCGCCAACAAGUAGAAAUUAUGCAGAAAUGAGGGAGAAACUUCGCUUGCGGCUGACCAAGCGGAAAGAGGAGCAGCCCAAGAAGGCGGAGCCUCUGUCGGAGCGGGAGAGCGUGGUUGACCACCGCAGGGUGGAGGACCUGCUGCAGUUCAUCAACAGCUCCGAUGCCAAGCCCGUGAGCAGCUCGCGCGCCGCUAAGCGGGCCCGGCACAAGCAGAGGAAGCUGGAGGAGAAAGCACGCCUGGAAGCCGAGGCCAGGGCCCGGGAGCACCUGCUGCAGCGGCAGCGGCAGGAGGAGGAGGAAGAGGAGGAGGAGGAGGAGGAGCGGCUACAGGAGGAGCUGCAGCGGCUGCAGAAGCUGAGGGCUGCGAAGAAGAAGAAGAAGGAGAGGCCAGGCAAAGACUGUUCCAAGCUGGCUCUCCUUGCUAGGAAUUUCCAGACGACACCGGAUCCAGUCGUGAACUCUGACAGCAUCCCGAAUGGCUCCCUGGAGCAGCCCAAAGAACCGGAAACCUCGUCCCACCCCCCUUGCAGACAUACGGACCACACAGAGCCCAGGCCCGGGCCUGGGGCUGAGGGGGACACUGUAGACCUCAGAGACUCCAAGCUUCUGCUGCCCAAGGGGGUCAACGGGAAGCAGCCCGAGCCGCUGUCCUUUCUCCUGGACAUCAUGCAGCACCACAAAGAGGGGGCUGGCAGGCAGAAAUUAAAGCAGUUCAGUAAGACAGGCAGUGAGCUGGGGAGGAAGCCCCCAGAACCCUCUAGAGCCACCGAGGGCCAGCCCCGGCCCCGGCCCCACGCUGAGCCCAAGCCCAAAGCUGACCUGACUUCCCCAGCAGAGCAGAGACGAGAGGAGAGGAAAAUCAGCAGUAACAGUAGUAACAGGAAGCAGCUGAACCACGUGAAGGAAGAAAGGGCAGCAGUCCCCCCGGAGCCCGCAAGCCCCAGCGACCACCCACGGGACAAGCUGGUGCUGGCAGACUCCCCUCAGCCCAAGGGCAAGAACAAGAAAAGCAGAAAGAAGAAAGGAGACCGAGCCAGCAGUUCACUUGACGACGUCUUCCUGCCGAAGGAUAUCGAUCUGGAAAGUGUGGACAUGGAUGAGACCGAGAGGGAAGUGGAGUAUUUCAAAAGGUUCUGCUUGGACUCCGCGAGACAGACCCGACAAAGACUGUCUAUCAAUUGGUCCAAUUUUAGCUUGAAAAAAGCCACGUUUGCUGCCCACUGAGUGAGGACCACAGGAGAGGGACUUGAGGGUGGAGGGCCAGGCCCCAGGCGUGUGCGGGUGGACUCGCCCAGCCCUGUCGUUGGCCCCGCGCCGUCAGCUCGUGUGCGUGUAGUCUGUGCGUGAGAUUUCUUCGGUGUAGCUCUGUGCUGUAGGCCCGGGGCAGCAGCCUGCUCGUUCUUCCAGCACGCGGCCCCCGAGCCUGGGCACCAUCCACGCGGCCGUCGCUCUGCACUCGCCCUGUCCCAUCAUCUGUCCCUGCCAGGGUGUUGCUGUCACUCAGCUCUCGUGUGCCCCGCGUCCCCCGAGGCGGGCCAGCAGGGCAGGUGCGCUUCCGUUCUCCUCCACAAUCUACUGUUCAGAAUGUCCACAUUGCGCUGUUUGUGUCUGACUCCCCCCCCCCCCCCCCGACUUGUAGCCAGCUUGUGUAAGACCCCUGCAGAAAGAGAAAGUUCAAAAACAGAAGCCCCAAGUACUCACCAUCGAGUCUGUCAGAGUGUCCGACUGGAUUAACACGGAGGCCUGCCUGGCUACUUUUUUAACAUAUUGUUAAGUAAUAUUAAAAUCAUGUCUUUCUUUUUGAAAGAUGGAAUACAUUAGUACAGCAGAA